AAGAACUUGGCGUUUGACUCCCGGGCUCCUCCUCCCGGCCACCUCACCCUCGCUGGUUCCCUCCUUCCUUCCUCCUCCACUAGCCAAAUUGCCCGCCCGUGGAUGUCUUGACUACCGGCUGCUGUUCCUCCGCAACAGAUGACCCAUAAGGAGCUCUAACAUUGAUUCACACCCGCAAAAGCACAACAGGGGUAAGAUGUCUACGAGCUAGCAGGCCUUGCAGAGGACUUCCCUCUCAACACCUCCACCUGCAGCCAUGAACGGUGGAUCCAGCGUUGUAUGGUCCAUCACUCCAGAGGAGCGGGGUAAACAUGACAAGCAGUUCGACACCCUCUCCUCCGUCUGCGGCUAUGUCUCAGGUGAACAAGCCAAAGGAUUCUUCCUCCAGUCAGGCCUGCCACCGUCCGUCUUGGCUGAAAUCUGGAACCUGGCUGACCUAGAUGGCGAUGGCAAGAUGGACAGACAAGAGUUCUCCAUUGCCAUGAAGCUCAUUAAGAUUAAAUUGCAGGGGCGAAGUUUACCCGCUGCCCUUCCGAUGGUCAUGAAACAGCCUCCUGUCGCUAAUGUCCCUUCGUCGGCCCGCUUCGGGAUGGGCUCUUUGCCAAACCUCUCUGUUGCCAUGCCGCCAUCCAUGUCCACCAUGUCCACCCUAACCCCUAUCCCAGCUAACCUUCCUGUGCGAUCGGCGACGCCAAUGAUGACGCUUCCUCUCAUCGCUCCACUGGGAAACGGAGGGUUUCCUCAGUGUCACCUACACCUCCUCGGACCUCCAGGCCUUCCUCACUCGGGUUUUUCCUCCCCCCUGACGUUUUCUCCACCUGGAAGCAACAGGAUGUCUCAUGCCAAUUCUCUAGUGGACCUAGCAUCCAGCAGCUCAAACUCUUCAUCCACCACUUCACUGACCAGCAACUCUCCCAAGGCGGCAGCGGGAUUGACCGACUGGGCAGUACCACAAGUAUCCAGACUCAAGUACCGGCAGCAGUUCAACACAUUGGACAAGCUCAUGAGCGGCUACUUGUCAGGACCUCAAGUGAGAAACGCGCUGAUUGCAUCCAACCUUACGCAAACGCAGCUGGCUACAAUCUGGAACCUGGCAGACGUGAACAAGGAUGGCCAACUGAGGGCCGACGAGUUCAUCCUGGCCAUGCAUCUAGUGGACAUGGCCAAGACCGGCCGCCCCCUCCCGCUCACCCUGCCCCAAGACCUCAUACCUCCUUCUCUGAGAGGAGGCAUCAAGUGCAAUGAACUCGUCAAUGGCAACGGACCUUACAGUAGCCCCACUUUAAUAGACCCACUGGAGAUAGAACACAUCCUGAAGAACAAGAACAGUGUUACCUUUGAGGACAAGCUGAAGGAGAACUUUGCACGGGGUAGUGCUGAGCUAGAGAAGCGGAGGCAGGCCCUGGAGGAGCAGCAGAGGAAGGAUCGAGAGCGCCGGACACGUGAGGAGAGGGAGCGGCAGGAGAGGGAGGCCCGCGAAACGGAGCACCGCCGCAGGCUGGAGGAGGAGCAGCGCUUGGAGAGGCAACGCGAGAUGGAGCGGCAGCGUGAGGAAGAAAAGCUUAAGGAGAUGGAGAGGAAGGAGGCAGCUAAGCAGGAGCUUGAGCGCCAGCGGCGGGAGCAGUGGCAGCGCAGCCGUAAGGAAGAGCUGAGCAGGACACGUGACGGAGACCAACAGGAACUCUCUCACCUCCGGGCCAAGAAGAGGAGUCUGGAGUUGGAGCUGGAGGCCGCGGGCAACAAGCACAAGCAAAUCUCCGACCGCCUCCGCGACGCCCAGAGCAAGAGGUGCAUCCGGAAGGCCGAAGUGGACCUCAUCAAUCAGAAGAGAGACUCCCGCAUUGUGGAGAUCAAUGCGCUGCAGCUUCAGUUGGAGGAAUGGCAGAUGAAGCUAUCUUUACUUGUUCCUGAGAAACAGAAGCUGACUGAGAAGCUCCGUAACAUGAACCUCAGCAAAAUUUUACCGGUGACAUUGGCCUCCCUGGCUACCAAUGUGAGCGACAAAGGUGUCAACUGCCGCAAGCUGAAAGACCAGCUGGACUCCCUACAGAAUGAAACCAGAGACAAGCUAGCACAGAUGGAACAAUACAACAAGGAACUCAAAGAGCUGAGGGAGAAGCAGGCCAAGCAGCAGUCGGUCCUAGACGACUUGCACCGUGUGAGGGAGGAGAAGCUGUGGGAGUUGAAGAGACACAGGGAGGAGGAGGAGGAGCAGCAAAAGCGAAGGAGGAUUGAGGAAGAAGAGAGGCAGAAGAAGGAGGAAGAGGAGGAGCGGGAGAGACAGCGGAAAGAGGAAGAGGAAAAGAAGAGAUGGCAGGAAGAGGAGCGGAAGAGACAGAGGAUUGCGGAGGAGGAGGAGGAAGCCAGGCAGGCAAAGCUGGAGCAGGAGAGGAUGGCGAGGGAGGAGGAGGUGCGUCAGAGGGAGAUAGAGGAGCAAAAAAGGAGGGAGGAGGAGGAGAAGAAAAAGAAGAAUGCGCAGGAGGAGGCACAGGCAGCCUCAAAAGUGACUGCUUACAAAGCGCUGUACUCCUUCGCCGCUCGCAACAAGGACGAACUGAGCAUUGACGCCGACUGUCUCAUCGAGGUGGACGAACAUACGGUGGGGGAGCCGGGCUGGCUGUACGGGAGUUACCUUGGAAACAAGGGCUGGUUUCCUCACAGUUACGCAGAGAAAUUCACAGAGAGCACCCCCUUGUUCCCAGGACAGACUUCCUGUCCGCCACUGCUUCCUGUCUCCAGACUAACAGAUGGCGACCUGAUGGGCGACAACGGCGUUCCUCCUCUUCAAUCAGACACAUCACAGGUCAUGUCGCCCUGGUCAUCCGCCACUGCCUCCUCCGAAACACACCGCAACCUCCCGCUCGGCGAGGGUGAAUUUGGGAUAGACGUGGACCGACUGGAUGGGGGUGACGCUGUUCAACUUGAAGAAUAUGUGGCGCUGUACACAUAUGAGAGUCCGGAAGCGGGCGACCUCACCUUUGAGGAAGGUGACGUCAUCGUGGUAACGGAGCGGGAAGGGGAGUGGUGGCAAGGGUGCAUCGGCGACCAAACCGGCGUCUUUCCGUCCAACUAUGUGAGGCCUGUGGAGCCAGAGGUGUCAAGACAAGUUGGGCCAAACAGGAAACCUGAGAUUGCCCAGGCAGUCACUGCCUCCACCUCAGCGGGCCCCGCAAUACAUCAGCUGCGCCUGUCUCCGGGCCAGCUUAUUGUGGUCCUGGUCAAGAACUCAUCUGGUUGGUGGCUGGGAGAACUGCAGGCUCGCGGUAAAAAGCGUCAGAGAGGCUGGGUCCAGUCCUCCCACGUCAAGGUGCUCGGACCUUCCAGCAACAAGUCGGCCCCCUCACCUCUGCCAGUGUGCCAAGUCAUUGCCAUAUACGACUACAAGGCGUCCAAUCCUGACGAACUGAGCUUCUCCAAAGGCCAGCUCAUCAACGUCUUGGACAAGACCAACCCAGAUUGGUGGAAAGGGGAGAUAGACGGCGUUACGGGUCUGCUGCCCACCAACUACGUCAAGAUGACCACCGACUCCGAUCCCAGUCAGCAAUGGUGCGCAGACCUAAUGACUCUGGACACGAUGAGUCCCCAGGAGAGGAAGAGGCAGGGUUACAUCCACGAGCUCAUUCGGACCGAGGAGACCUAUGUGGAUGACCUGGAGCUAGUGCUGGAGGUAUUCUACAAGCCAAUGUCAGAAUCCGGUCGACUGACGGAAGCGGAGAUGGGCGUCAUCUUCGUCAACUGGAGAGAGCUCAUCAUGUGCAACACCAAACUGCUCAAGGCACUGCUUGUGCGCAAGAAAACGGGCGGCGACAACAUGCCGGUGCAGCUGAUCGGCGAGCUGCUGGCGUCGGAGCUGACGCACAUGCAGCCUUACAUCCGCUUCUGCUCUUCCCAACUCAACGCCGCCGCCCUGCUGCAGAGCAAAACGCUCAACCAACCUGACUUCAAGGACUUCCUCAAAAAAAUCGCCACUAACUACCGCUGCAAAGGAAUGCCUCUGUCCAGCUUCCUCCUCAAGCCCAUGCAGAGAAUCACACGCUACCCUCUGCUCAUAAAGAACAUCCUGGAGCACACACCUGACCACCACGCCGACCAACCGCCCCUGAGGGAGGCUCUGGAUCGGGCCGAGGAGCUGUGCUCUCAGGUCAACGAGGGCGUCAGGGAGAAGGAGAACUCGGAUCGCCUCGAGUGGAUCCAGAACCACAUACAGUGCGAUGGGGCUAUAGAGAACUUGGUGUUUAACUCGCUCACUAAUUGCCUCGGGCCACGCAAGCUGCUCCACAGCGGUCGUCUACACAAGACCAAGAGCAGCCGGGAAUUGUGGGCGUUCCUCUUCAACGACUUCCUGCUCCUGACGCAAAGCACCAAGUCCUUGUCCUCCUCCGGGCCUGACAAGCUGUUCAGCCCCAAGAGCAGCAUCCAGCUCAAGAUCUACAAGGCGCCGCUGUUCCUCAACGAGGUUUUAGUCAAAAUGCCGCUGGAGCUGUCGAGUGACGAGCCGCUCUUUCUCGUCUCCCACAUUGACCGUGUCUACUCGCUCAGGACGGACACCUUGAAUGAAAGGGCGGCGUGGGUGCAGAAAAUCAAAGCGGCAUCUGAGCUUUUCAUUGAGACAGAGAAGAAAAAACGGGAGAAGGCUUAUCAAGCUCGCUCUUUGAAGACAAGCGGUAUCGGCAGGCUACUGGUAACCGUCUCGGAGGCCCAGGAGCUCAAGGCUUGCAAGCCCAACGGCAAGAGCAAUCCUUAUUGUGAGCUGACCAUGGGGGCCCAGUGCUACACGUCCCGCCCCGCAAGCAACACGCUAAACCCCAAGUGGAACUUUAACUGCCAGUUCUUCGUCAAAGACCUCUACCAGGACGUCUUGUGCAUCACCGUCUUUGAGAAGGACCAGUUCUCACCAGACGAUUUCCUUGGCCGCACCGAGGUUCCCGUGGCAACUAUCAAGAAGGAACUGGAGAGCAAAGGCGCCGCCAAUCGCCGUCUGCUGCUGCACGAAGUCCCCACUGGAGAGGUUUGGGUCAAGCUGGACCUGCAGCUCUAUGAGCCGCCACCCAAGUAACAUUUAUGAGCCCCCGUGUCAUAUAAGACUACAAAACCCCCCCAUUCACAAGUGCCUUCACAUACUAACAACCUUGUUCUGGAAAAGGGAAUAGGAUGGGCAACACACUGGAAGAAAAAAAUAUAUAUUUUUUUU